GUCGCUGCGGGGCCGCUCAGAGCGUGCGGCGGCUCCGCAGAGGCCACCUCUCCCCGGUGUCCCCGCCGCCAUGGGGACAGCGUCUCCCCGACGCGGGCUGCUCCUGGCUGCGCUCUGCCUGCUGGCCUCCCACGGCGGGGCAGAGGCUUUCCUGAUCACCACCCCGUACUCGCUCUGCGUCUGCCCCGAGGGCCAGAACGUCACCCUGACCUGCCGGGUCAGCGGCCCCCUGGCCGAGCGCCACGACCUGCUCUACAAAACCUGGUACUUCAGCAGCACGGGCGACCGCAGCUGCUCCGACAAGAGGCACAUCCGCAAUGUCACCGAGAGGGAGCUGCGCCACGAGCUCAGCAGGCACCGCGAGCCGCCGGGCAACAGCUCCCAAAAAUCCCCGCCGGGGGGACAGAGCGGCCACCACGGCGUGGAGUUUGUCCCUGACCACCACGGCGCCUUCCACAUCGUGGUGAUGAACCUGACGCUGCAGGACAGUGGGAAUUACUGCUGCUACGCCGUGGAGGUCAGGAGGGAAGGCCACGGCAAGCCCCACAGCCUGCAGGUGGCUCACGGCUUCGUGGAGCUGCAGAUCCAGCGAGGCAAAGGAGGGCUUCAAAACUGCACAUUUCACACUGCCACCGGCAAAGACAUCACGGCCGCCGCGCUGGCCACGGGCGCCUGCAUCGUGGGCAUCCUCUGCCUGCCCCUCAUCCUGCUCCUCAUUUACAAGCAGAGACAAGCUGCCAGCAGCAGACGUGCCCACGAACUUGUCAGGAUGGAUAGCAGCGCCCAGGGCAUCGAGAACCCCGUGUUCGAGGCGGCGCCGCCGGUGGGCGCGGAGCCCCGGCCCCGGCCCCAGCUCUCCUACGUGGCCAGCAGGCUGCCCUCCGAGUCCGGCCGGCACCUGCUCUCCGAGCCCAACACGCCCCUGUCCCCGCCCGGCCCCGGGGACUGCUUCUUCCCCACCCUGGAUCCUGUUCCCGACUCACCAAAUUCCUUGAAAGCCUAAAGACCCCAGAGGAAACCACAUCCAGCAGACCACGCCAUGCUCACCAGGACAACAGCCCCAGGAGGGUGGCGGGGCCAGGGACAGCAAUGCCUUAAGAAAUGAAGCUGUGUGCAGGAUCCCUGCCCUUGUCUGCCAUCCUGCCUCUGCUCUGGGACUGAAAGUGAACCUCUCUCGCUUGGGUUUCAAUUUUUAACUACCUGUUUCCAUGGAGAAGUGCAUGGCUCUCUACUGCUCACAUUUUACAGACUAGCUGAAAAUUGAGGAUGUGGGGAUGGAAGGAUGUCCUGCACCUGCAGACCUCCCUGAGGAUUAACUUAUUGCCAGGGUCUAAGCUCUGCAACAUCAACACAUUUCUGGAUCCUUGACUGAACAUCCUCUCUGGGAGUGGAUGGUAAAAUACUUUAUUCAGCAUGGAACAAAACAGGAUCACCAGCCAACUUUGUACUACCUUUUUCUUUGCAAAACAGGAAGGGGAGAGGCUCCCUGCUGCCACCAGAGCCCUCUCUCUUUACCAGCCUUUUGAAAUGGCCAUGGACUUGUGAUGCUGCUGCCUUUUCAGCAGGACACAUGUUGGGACAAGCCUUAUUUCUGCUGCAGUUUUAUCCUUGGCUUGGGAUGAGGGCAAUUUAUCUUUCUGUUUGUUUCAUUAUCAGUGCUGAUUAAAAGGAAAAAAGGA